ACUGACUCUCUCUCUCUCUCUCUCUCCUUCCCCUGUUUCUGGAUUGAUUUCCUUCAAAUUAAGCAAAAAGAAAUGGCAGAAGAAGAACCAAAGAAGUUAGAGACUGAAGCACCAUCAUCGGAGCCUCCACCGUCGGCUCCGCCACCAGAACCUGGAGAAGCUCAACCUCCAAAAGAUGUCGUCCAGGAGAGAGCCGUAAUUCCACCUCCUGACGAAAAACCCGAUGACUCCAAAGCGCUCGCCGUCGUUGAAAAGGCACCAGAACGUGGAGAGAAGAAAAGUUCUGAAGGAUCUGUCAACAGAGAUGCUGUGCUUGCGAGAGUAGCAACAGAGAAGAGACUGUCAUUAGUCAGAGCAUGGGAGGAAAGUGAGAAGUCAAAAGCAGAGAACAAAGCUCACAAAAAGCUAUCUUCCAUUGGUGCAUGGGAGAACACUAUGAAAGCAACUGUGGAGGCUGAGCUCAAAAAGGACGAGGAGAAAUUGGAGAAGGAGAAGGCACAAUAUGUAGAGAAAAUGAAAAACAAGGUAGCACUCAUCCACAAAUCAGCAGAAGAAAAGCGGGCAAUGAUUGAAGCAAAACGCGGUGAAGACCUUCUUAAGGCGGAGGAGAUGGCAGCAAAAUGGCGUGCUACUGGCACCUCUCCUACAAAACUCCUCGGAUGUUUUGGAAGCUGAAACUAUCAGGUCUUAUUUGAAAGUUGCUGAAUGUUCCCUUUGUAAAUUUUUCUUUGGGCUUUUAUUUUACACUUUAGGUGUAUUGUGUACUUAUAUACUGGGGGAGAAUUGGUGAUUGUUCAUUAUUAUGUAUACAUAGUGGUAAAUUUGUAUGUAUAUUGCCCUCACGUGAAGAAAAAUGUUCUUGAAAAUGACUUAUUACCAACUAUUCUGAACUAUCCCCCUCUCCCCUUAAAGAAAAAGGACUGCCUUCCCUUAUUUUUUUUCCUCAGGUUAAACCAAG